GUUGACUUCUAUCAAUUCAUGUCAACGCCCUGGUGUCACAAACAGAUGUCAAUUUCAUAAAAAAUCUAUUCUAAAUUUUUUGGCGAAGCGUGUUUUGAUCUUUUGAUACUUGUUUGUUUAUUGGCACGUGUUUGAAAAAUACUUUUGACCUGUUGGAAUAAAAUUCAUAGGAGAUAAUGGUCGUGUUUACAUGCGGUCACUGUGGGGAGUCUGUUCAGAAGCCUAAAGUGGAAAAACAUUAUUUAACUAAAUGCAGGAACAAGAAUCCCAACGUUUCGUGUAUGGACUGUUUUAAGGAUUUUCUAGGCAAUGAUUAUGAGGCUCAUACAAAAUGUAUUACUGAGGAAGAACGUUAUUCAGGCAAGGGCUUCGUUCCUAAGGAGAAGAAAGGAGAAAAGAAACAAAAUGUCUGGGUGGACAUGAUACAAUCUGUACUUGAUGAGCAAGAAAACGCAUCCAGUAACGUGUUAAGGAUCAUAGAAACCAUAAGUAAACACAACAACACACCCAGGAAGAAACCGAAAUUCGUUAACUUUGUUAAAAAUGUUUGCGGGAGUAAAACAAAUAUUAAAGACAUUGACCAGGCAUGGGAGGUAAUUUCGGUUAAAUUAACCGAAUUGUCCAAUCUGACUGCUCAGAAUGUUCUUAAGAAAAAAGAGGAAAAGGCAGAGUCAGCUAAAGAGGCCACUGUUGAUGAAAAAAAGCAAAAUGGUCAUGCCACUGAUGGUACUGUAGAAAAUGGUAAAGCAAUUAAUGGAGAAGGUACACAAAAUGGAAAAGAAAUUAAUGGAGCAUCAGAUGACCAAGAAGAUGAAGAAAAUAAGAUAGUACAAAAUGGAGGGGAUAAAUCUGAGCAGAAACUUUCCAAGAAACAAAGAAAAGAAGAGAAGAAGCGUAGAAAAUAUGAAGCAGAACUGCAAAGUGUUGAAGCAGCGCCGGAACAACCUCAGGAGGAGGAAACUGAAGUGCUUGCAGUGAAGAAGGGCAAGAAGAAUAAGAACAAAGGUGACAAUACACAUUUACAAGAAAAGGUCAACGAACAAGAGGAAAUUGAUAAGAACAAGAAACGUAAACGACAAGACACCGUCAACAUUCCAGAAGUGCAGCAAAAUGAUGUUGACAACAUCGAAAAUAUUCCAGUGAAAGAAAAAACUAUCAAGAAAAAGCUGAGAAAGGACAGCAAACAUGAGGCUGACGAAAGCAUUUGCCUUCACGACCAAAACGUUGCCAAAAGUGAAAAUGAAGUUGCUGAAAAUGGUGGAAAUGAUGGGAAAUUUAAUUGGCAUGAAGUAAUCAUUUCUCUUUUGCAGAAAAAAGGCAAUGAAUUGCCGUUCAAGCGUUUACAGAAAAAGGUAUUGGGUGAAUAUUCAGAAUAUACAGGGUGUGAAGUUGACGAUCGCAUUGCUGACAAAUUCAUCAAGAAGUUAAGAAGCGCACCUAAAGUAAGAGUUGAUAAGAACAGAGUACUAUUACUGGACGAAUAAAUGUUGUAUGUAUAUAUUGUGUUUAUUAAAGUUGAUCGCACAUCUAUCUAGAGGCGUCGUACUUACCGCAAAAUCGAAUGGUAUGUGUUGACCUCAUUGUUUGCACUGAAAUUCCCUCCUUCGGACUCUAUCCGAAUUUUAGAACCAACUGAAUUAAACGGAUAUUUUUAAAGCAAAUUAGCUUUAAAAAAAACGUGUGCGCCGUCACGGGACGCCUGGCAGAUGUGAAACAUCGAAAUUGUUUUUUGUAUGUAAUUG